AAGCAAUAGCUAAGUGGUUAACAUUAAACUUUAAAAUCUUUUAAAUAGCCUCCCACAAAAUGUUCAAGACAUAGCCAGAUAUUCAAAAGAGAGUACUGAAAAUAAGGGAUUUUGAGUUUGGGGAUUUUCCCUGGGUUUGUCUUUUUUAGGAAGCUCUGCUCUAAUUUAUAAUCCAAGUUCCUGUUGAUGCUGUGUUUGCAGUAAGUCUGUACUUCAGCUCUGGUUUUUUGGUGGUGUAGCCCCAGCAGUACAUUAUGUGAGCCACAGAGAGGAUUGGCACACCUGCUGCCACAGGAUUCUGUGUCCUUCAUUUGCACAAACCUGAGGGGCACCUGCUGUACUGCCACUGGUGAUGCUGCUAAAUUGUGUUUUGUGAAGGUUUGAUUCAUAUUAUUGAUUUUUGCAUUUAAUAAUGUGAGCGAUUUAAAACAUGCACAAGAAAUUAUGUUUCAAAAGGCAUGUCUGACUCAUUAAGCACUGUACCUCCCUGCCAGAUAUCCAUCUGUCCUUUAGCUGAGAGGGAAAAAUGGCACUGGUGACCCAGAUCUGCAAAGGUUUAUGUAUGCAAACAACUUGUUGAAUUGAGACAGUGGAAUUAGGCUCUUUCAAAAUUACUAGUUAAACUUGCUGGGAUCACUCCCUUGUGGAACUGGGGCCUGGACUGAACCUGACUCAUCCCCAGGAGCAGUAUGUGGCAGGCACCAGUCUUUGCUUCUUCCACGAUUGACACUGGGGAGUUUAAUUUCUAUUUAAAUUAAAGCAAGGAGGAUCUUGCCUCAAUAUUGGAUAUUUCCAUAUGUAAGAAUAAACAUAGGUCAUAUACCUCAGACACCAGCAAGGGCUUACAUUAAGAAUGUACUGAAGAGUUUGGUUGAGUUGGAAAUGAAAUAUUUUCAGAGAACAUGUUUUUAUUGCCUAAAACAGUUCAGUGAAUAGUGAAAUACUAAAUUGUCAAAGAAGCAGAAAAAGAGGUUUGACAAACCUUGUGCUUUUUACUGCUGCUAAAAGAUUUAGCUGUGGUUGGCUGUAGGCAGAGCUGACUUGGCAUUCUUUUGGGACAGAUUUCUAUGUACAGGGACUUCUGCCUGGUGGCUGUUUGGUCUUGUGCACUUUUUCUUUCUAAGAUGCAUCAAGGCUCCCAGCCUAGAGUCUGCAAUGAAGUUUGAGCAAAGCUUUGAGGCAGGAUAUUGGAAUUUAGGCUUAGAUGGACUUUUAUAGUAUUGGAGAGGUUUGUAGCUAUAACUGCAUUAAAGCAGAAAUAAAUAUAACUAACAGUGCUUUUAUAAUUUUGGUUGAUAAGUUACUGAAGAUAAAAUGCAGAUUUAUAUGAGUCUUGUCCUUUUCCAGAACCAUUUUAGCAUUCACUUUCAGUGUUUUAGUGAGGUCAUAAUGUUGAAUAACAGAAAAGAAUGCCUGUGAAAGGCUGAGAUCAAAUACAAACAUAUGACAUCAUUGUGGAAGAGAGGAACUGGUUGUCUAGAAGGAAUAAGGACUUGGUUCAUCAAAUACAAUCACCCUAAAUUUACAGAAAGUGGCAAGUAAUUUUUUUUUUGCAUCAGUUCUUUUCUUGAGAUGUGUUCUCUUGAUUUCUUGUAAAAGGAGAUGAAGCUCAGGUUAAUGUGUGUGAAGUUUUGGUCGAAUGCUGACACUAAAUCAGAAAUGUGUCAGUAGAAAGAAGAUAUUAACAAUUUUCCAAAUGAACAAAUAAAUAAAUAACCCAGAGGGGUAGUUCUGCUGCUGCUAAUCUUUCUAGUAUCCAUAGUUAUUUUUCAAAAAGGACAGCAUGUCUUGUGUUAGAAGCUUGUCAUUUUAAGCUGGCCAGAUGGACCCAGAUUAGGAUGACGGUUUCCCAAAUGUGUAAUACAGGAGAAUGACGCUGAUGCGGCAGCUGCUCAGGGAACAGUAAUAAAAGGUUUUAAUAGAGGGAAGUGGCUGUGAUGGAUCCAAUCUUCUUAGAGCUUUUGAGUACUCCCAAUUUUCCAUCAGUGAUAUUUUUGCCUUCAUUAUAUAGUGUAGAUGAGAGUCACUGUAGUACUCCCUUCCCAAGUUUAUCAGUAGAAGCAGUGCUCAGAUGAUCAGAAACCAAAAAAAAAGCAGGCAGGAGUAAGACUUGAGUGCCUAUAGCAGAGGGCUGGAUGCAGAGUGUCAGCUCACUGCAAAGUACACUGUAAACUGUCUUCAGUUGCAGUCUCACCUUAUUAUUGACUGACAUGAAUAGCUCUCUGUCAGAGUAUUCCCCUGUACAUUUCUUCUGCUGGUCUUCCUUCCCACCUUCCUGUUGCAUUGUGCCAUCCUUGGAAUUUGUAGGGAUAAACUAGGGUUUCAUCUCACUAGAACAGUGAGGAAAUAACUGCACAAAUGAAUAAUUUUUUCUGCUCUACUAUUUGUUGUGUUGCUGCUUGCUGUGGGACCAGGCAAACGUCAAAGGUGUGACAAAGAGAUGAAAUUUUGGCACAGUAUGGCUGGGUUUGAGGGAGAGGAUUCAUGGGGAGCCUCGCUGGACAUGACCUUUCCUCUCUGGUGUGACUCAGCUGUUGAUUCAGAUCAGCUGAAACACCUCAGGUGUAUUGCUUUUAUUUCUAUGUCAGACCCAAUGCAUGCUUAGUUGAAAGCAAGGGGUUUGACACAUACAAGACAUUUUUUCCUUUGUUGUGUAACUUAUUGCAUCUGAAAUAUUCCAUGUGAUCCAUGAUGAUGUGGGUACUUGAUACAUGCUGCUCAGCAAGAGUUGAGCCACUGCUGCCCGAACAACUGACCUGGUUUCACAGGUAUUACUGCAGAGGGGGCUAAAAGGACCUAGGCAGUCUCCAAAUGAAGGAAAGAACACCUCAAGGCCUGAUCUUACAUUUGGAUUGAGGGACUCAUGUUUUGAAAAGCACAAAGCAAAGAAUAGAUGAGCUAUGUCACAGCAUUACAGAUUCAUUAAGGAAAUAGAAUUUUAUUUACUAAAUGGUAUGAGGCACAUGAAAUCUCUCCUAAAGUGAAAGAGAAACUGGAGGAAUUUCUGUCUAAUUACAUUUUUAGGGAGAUGUACCUCUUCUUGAAAAACAAUAGAUAUUAUUGAAAGUGUUUUAGAUUACAUCCACAAUGUUGGUAUUCUCAAAACAUAUAUUUGUUCUUCAACAGGUAUAAAAAAUACAUAAAAUAUAAAAAUGGGUGAACUGGACCAUGGAACAUUGUUUUCAUCUCAUAGGAUUGGUGGUGGAGACAAUUUGGUGGUUCCUGCCAGAAAUGCUUUUUACAGCCAGAAGUACAAACCUGUUGACUACAAACAUCUGUAUGACCUUGCUGCGGAGGCAAAAAUGGCCUCUGCACAAAUUCAGUUAAAGAUUAAAAAAGCAGAGCAAGUUUCAAAAAUUAGCAAAGAGCAAACGCUGCUGAAACAGCAUCGUCAGAUGUGGUGGCAAGAGUUUAAAAAGCUGAGUGAGAGCAGGCAAAAAGCAGAAGAAGAAAUGAAGACUUUUCUUGAUGAAGACAGCCAUAAGAGCAACUUUUUUUUUGAUUUGAGGGACUUGGAGCAGAAAUUGUCCAAGGAGUGGGACACUUAUCAAACAAAUGCUUUAGUUCCUGUCUGGCAGCUGAAGGAGGAUUUGAAACUCGAGCUGUCUAAAAUGCAGCGUUACCUCUUAAAAGAAUCUUGUCAAAAACCCAAGAUCAAUUCAGCUGAGAUGUUACAGCAGAUCAAAUUUAUGAAGAAGCAACAGAAGGCAAUUUUGGAAGGUCUCAUCCUUGAGAGUCUGGCUUUGGAAAGAGAGCUCAAAGAGUGCAAAGAAAAUGCAUUAGUGCACUCUUCUGAAGAGAAAAACGGGCUUUUCCUUGAAGUUCCUCCCGAGCUGCUGGCUCUGGAAUGCCCUUACCCUGACCUGAAGGCCUUGGUGAUGGAGGAGUACCAGGAGCUCGCCAGUGGCUACUGGGCGAAACUCCAGGAGCUGGAUCAGCAGCUGGAAGCUUUAGCUAGGAACAGUGACUGGAAGGAAGAAGAUCAGUGGGUUUUCCAGACUGUUAUCAAUCAGUACCCAAGUGAUCUUCAGAGGAGGAGGACUUUGUACUUGGAUAUGCUGCAGAGGUAUCUUCCCCACAAAUCCAGGCAGGAGCUGGUUGUUCAUGAGAAGGCUUGGAAUCAUUACCACUCCAUCAGGAAUCGGCGCAGAGUCUUGCUGUUAACCUGGGCUCAGGUUAGGAAAGCCUUUGUCCUCAGGGCCAUGGCUACUGCUGCUGAAGCUGCUGCUGCUCAUGAGGAAGAAGUGGUGCUGGCUGAUUCCAGGCAAAAGCAACUGGAGAUCUGUGCUGAUCUGAAAGCAAAGGUUCUACAGUGGAAAGCACAGCAGGAAGAAGCUGCUAAACUAGAAGCUGCUGUAGCUGCCAGAAGAAAAGAAAAGGAAAAUGAGAGAGAAAGGCUACAGAGAGAACAGGAAGCCAUUCGUAGAGCUCAGGAUAAAGAGAAACUGAAAAAAUACUGGGCUGAGAAAGAGCUCAAGUGGCUAGAACAGGAGGAGAGAGAUCUACAACAACUGGAGGAAUUGAGAAAAUUAAUGGCUGAACAAGUAGCCAAAGACAAAGAAAGGGUGCAGUUCCGACGAGCCUUGCUGGAGAAGCGGCUGCAGGAGAAGAAGGAGCUGGCCCUGCUCCAGGCCCGGCAGGAGGAGGAGAAGGAGAAGCGCCUGGAAGCGCUGCGGCAGCAGGUUGCCAUUGUUGCAAAAUUAGAUCCAGCCAGAGCAGUGGCUGACACGGUGGCAUCAAAAGCUCGGAUGGGCAUUGGAACCAGUGACGAGUUUGAGCUGCAGCAGCCCCUGUUCAGGUUGCACACGUACAGCGAAGAGCAGGUCAUUUCUGACCCCAGGCUCCGUGUUGAGCUCGCUCUCCGAGAAGCUGGACUGCAUAAAACACUUUAUGCAAGAGAGGUUUUGUCAAAACUUCCACCACCGAAGCUUCCAAGAAGAGACAUGGAAUCUACAGCUUUUAAAAUGUAGAGCAUGUCUCAUCUGAGGGGCAGAGCAGCAUCAGAGCUCUGGUCUGGCCCACAAUACGCAAGCCUUAAAUUCCCUUGGGUUUUCCUAGAGCUGCUCAGUUCCCAGUGUGUGCAGCCAUUCCCCUGUGAGCUGUGCUGCACCACGUUACACCUGCCCGGUGUGGGUCUGGAGAAGGCUGGGCUCUGUGCUCCUGGAGUGGGCUUGCCCAUGUCCCUGGGAGCUGGGACACCUUGCUUAAGGACUCCUACACACAGCCCAGGCCAAUCUGAUGUGCAGCACCUUGAGUAGGAACUCUUGGGAUUUAAUUGGCAGCAGAAGUCCAAAAUAGCUUUGCACAGCAAUUACUUUAGAUUUUAUUAUAUUACAUGAAUAAAUCCCACUAUUUUCUUUCAA